AUGGACCGUGUCUGUGCUUCAGUUCAGACGAACCAGAUCGGGGACCCAGAGUGGAGAAGAUCCGUUGAUUUACCGCAACGCCAGCAGCAGGCUGCUUCCAAUCCUGCCCCUCCCCGAUACCCAUCACCGCGCCCUCUAAGUAGUCAAGGAAGUGCUCGUUCGUUACGGAGAACGUCCCGUUCAAUUCGUCAACGGCCGGGAUCAGUAUAUGCUUCAGGUCGCCCAUCCCAGAUAGAGCAAACAAUUCCCGUACUGGUCCAACCUGUGUCGGAUCGUAACGGUGGAGUUGCUGCACUUCGUCCUGCGCUUUCCGAAGCCCAGACAGAGGAAGACGACGACGCUGACUCGCUCACUGACGAUCGCCCUCGGAUAUUAGGCGAGUCAUACUGGCCUCGCAGGUCUACCAGAGUUUCUCCACGUACAGCGUCUGCGAUUCUUUGGGCGCUAGAAGAAGCGAUUCGAAAACCCCUCCCGUUUACUCCGGAUUGGGAAGAAGUGAAUGCGCCCAUGUCUGACUUGGGAAGCGCGACUGGUCCGAUCGGCCUCGCAGGCACAGGGCGUACACAAAAUGGCGCUUCACGUGCAGCCCAUGGCCCUGUCCCCGUUAACACACACCCGCCAAGUGGGGUCCGGACACCGACCGAUAUCAUGAGACAGCGCCGGGACCGAGAAGCUCGCAAAAAAGCGGAGCAGGAAGCCAGGGAUAAGGAGCAGGAGGAGGCCGAGCGCAGGCGGCAAGAGUCACAAGAAAGGACUCAGGAUCCAGCCCAGCCCUAUGCUGCUGGCGUUGCAGGUAAUAGGCCUCCACAGCGGAGAGCUGGCCCCGGUGCUCCUGCGGGGUGCGACAUGCAGCCGGAAUCUCGUACGACGCAGCAGCCUCCGGGCAUACCAGCAGCGGCUCAGCGGCCAGAUUCCCAGGCUCAAGGUCAAACUCCAGGCCCACACGCCCACCCCAGACAACCUGGGCCUUCCACCCAGCACAAUCCCCAGCAGCCACCAACAGGCUCCACUGGCUUCCAAAAACAACAAGCUCAAACUCUUAAUCCGCCCGGUACCUCCCAGUCGCAGCAGUCACCGCGACGUGUCGGUUUUCCUCACGCUUUUGAACGGUGGGAAACGUUGUCCUCUCAUUGGGAAGGCCUAACUGGGUACUGGAUUCGAAAGCUGGAGCAGAAUAGUGAGGCUUUAGAACGCGACCCCAUCAGCCAGCAGAUGGCCCGUCAGGUGACCGAUCUCUCCGCUGCUGGCGCCAACCUUUUUCACGCGGUUGUGGAAUUGCAGCGUCUGCGGGCAUCAUCCGAGCGCAAGUUCCAGCGGUGGUUCUUUGACACCCGUGCAGAGCAAGAACGAUCGAAAGAGCUUCAGGCCGAUUUGGAACGACAAGUCAGGACCGAGAAACAAUCGCGGACGGAAGCAAUGGCCGCGUUGCAGAAGGCCGAGAGUGACAAGGCUCGCGUGGAGUCGCUGCUGAAGGAAAUGCGCCGAGAGCUGCAAAUAUCUAAGGAAGAGGCUCGUCGCGCGUGGGAGGAACUUGGUCGCCGUGAGCAAGAGGAAAGGGAUCGGACGAACUCACUCCGCAAUGGAGAGCCCACCUUGGUUGGAGGAGUGCAGGUGGUGCCAAUGAUCCAGGGCCUACCUACUCGGUCAAAUACCGCCAACCAUCCAUCAGGUGGCGCGGGAAAGUCAUCCGAAGGUCAUUACUAUGAAGAGGCGCCCGGGUCCCCUACAGAGACCGAUCCGUUCACGGAGGGGCAGCGGGGUUAUCAGGAAUCUGACAGCCAACGCUACGCUCCCCGACCACCGCACACGUCUGUAGCUGCUGAAUCCUCGGGACAGUAUGCAGGAAAUUACUAUGAACACGACGGCGAGUACCAUGGCCGACCGACCUCUGAGAACGACAAUCGCUCCUAUGAUCCCAGCGCAGCUAGCAGCGAGCCUGGUGAUGAUGAAUACGGUAGUUAUCGCCCUACUCAGCCUCAACAAGGGCCUUCAAUCGUGUAUCCACGUCCAAUGUCCGAGGAAAGCGACGACUAUGAGCGGGGGUCUAUGGAGGACGAAGGGGGCUAUGUACCUAGCACUAUGCCGUCAACAACUUCAGCACCUUAUAGCCAGGGCUCUGUUGAUUACAGUGGCUCUGGAUGGGGAACCACAUGGGACUCUGUGACCCCCCGUCAUCGCCAUCCGACCCGACUCAGUGAUGUUAUGGAAGAAGAAGAACCUCGAACUACGCCUAGCCGUGCAUCCCGUGCCAGCCGUGCCAGCCAAGCCAGCAGAAGUGUACAUUAG